UCGCGGCCUUUAGAAAAAAACUGAAGCAUCUAGAUUUUUUCAAUGGAAAGCGCCCUGGUUUAUUUUAUGCAUAAUUAAUUAACUUACUUUUCAGAUUAUAUCUCGUAUACUGGCGUUGCAUAGAUUACGUCACUGUUUCCAGGAGCAGUUUUAACGGAUUAAUGUUUGCAGUGGCAAUGGAGGAGGUUCAUCAGAAUAACAGUAAUGGGUCUGAGUCGCAAACUGUAACCAUCCCUACAACUAUUACUGCCUCUCAAAUAUCCCAGAUAGCACAGAUGUCUCUGGGUGGGUCUCCGGUGACGGUGGUUCAGCUUCCCAGUGGUCAGUUCCAGGUGCAAGGUGUGAUUCAGUCAGCCCAGUCAUCAGUUAUCCAGUCUCCACCAUCACAAGCACAGGGUCAAGCAUCUGACAGCGAUGACUCUCAGGACUCAUCCGAUAGUGGAGCCUCUAACCAGAAGUCAAGAGAGAUCUUGGCUCGGCGCCCAUCCUACAGGAAGAUUCUAAAUGAUCUAUCAGCUGAGGAACUGGCAACUCAGAACGAGGGAGAAGAGGAAAGCGCCACCUCUUGUGCCAUAACAAGCGUCUCGGUCCCCACCCCAAUCUACCAGACAAGCACUGGCCAAUAUAUUACGAUUUCAUCCAAUGGAUCUCUACAGCUGGCCAGUACUUGUUCAGAGGGGAUGCAAGGCCUGCAGACUCUCACCAUGACCAACUCAAACCCAAGCCAGCCAACUAUACUACAGUACGCUCAAACUGCUGAUGGACAACAGAUUUUGCUGCCGAGCAACCAGGUGGUGCUCCAAGGUGCCGGGGGAGAAAUGCAAGCUUAUCAGAUCCGCUCCUCUUCCUCGUCGCUCCCACAGACUGUUGUUAUGACAUCACCCGUUAUCAGCUCUCAGGGUAAAAGCGAUGACCCACAAAUGAAGAGAGAGAUACGUCUAGCGAAGAACAGGGAGGCAGCCAGAGAGUGUCGCAGAAAGAAAAAGGAGUAUGUGAAAUGUUUGGAAAACCGUGUAGCUGUGCUGGAGAAUCAGAACAAGACUCUCAUCGAGGAGCUCAAGACGUUAAAGGACCUGUACUGUGUUAAAACUGGCUGAUGGGAUAGACCUCCAGUCAUGCUAAUGGAACUUUACUGGCAGACUUGUCUGCCUACAUGCUCAUUCAAACACAGACACAGGGACUCUUUGGCAUGGGAAUGCAUUAUUUAAUCCUCCUGUCAAUGGCUUGAUUUAUAUAACAAAUUUUUCACUAACAGCCUAAAAACGAUUGACCAGAAACAACAAAAUGCUUUUCACAAUAGAUGGAAAGAGGGACAACUUUGACAUCUUUUUAUUUGCAGUCAACAGAUGUUUAUAUUUGUGUAUGUAUCUUGUUCAAGCAUCGACACAUCUACACUGGGAGUAUUGCUUUGGUCUUGACCCAUUUGGUUUCCAGGAAAUUUUUAAUAUUAAUUUUAUUGCAGCGCUAGCUAGAAAAUGCAGAAGUGAUAGACUAUUUUUACACCUUAUUUGAAGAUGCGCUUGAACUGUAUGUAUGAAAUUGUGACGUGAAUGUUUUUUUUCAUGAAGUCAUGCGGCUGUUCUUUGCAUUUGUUGUUUUUGUUAUUUGCUAUUGCCCACUUUUAUGAAGCUCUGGUAUUUCUAUCCCCAUUCCUCAUUUUAUUUUACUAUACUGUUUUAGUGCAACGUUUUCUACAGAGACAACAGAACUGAAGGUGUGGAAUUUAUGUGAGCUUUAUUACUAAAUCUAUGUGUGACAUGAAACAGGAAGUUCAUUUUAGACUCAAAGUACAGUAAGCCUUAUUCUGGAUUGAUAGACUUGUCAUGUAGAAUUUAAAUAGUAUCAUUUCUUGUCCAAGACAUAUGUCAAACUGGUGUUUUAAGCAAUUUUCAUAUUUUGGUUGAGACUUGUUGGUUUUAGCUAACAGGCCCAAGGCUUACUGCAGUUUAUAAGCCAAGCUGUCACAAGACAAUCAAAUCAUGGAGCAGACCUGCUCUUGAAAAAGCAGGUGACAUUAAACAAUGGAUAAAAAGAAAAAAAAUACAUCACUUGUUUUUGGUAAAGUGAAUCUAAAUAAAUAUUUUUCCAGCCUUUGAGUUCAUUUGUAUUAUUAU